GCCAUUUUGUGCCGUGUGUCGCGUAUAAUAAAGUUGUGUGUUUCGUUUCGACGUACGUUUCAUGUAAAAGACAGACGUCUUUUAUGGCCAUACCAUAAAAAUGGCCAAUUUCGAGCAUUUUAAUAACAUGACGCCGUAUUUAACGGCCCCGUUGCAGAUUAACAAGAUUUGUCGGGUCUGUUUGAUGUCCAAGGGGGACAUGAAGCCCCUUUACGGGGCCUGUCUCGACGAAAUGCUGUCCAGUUUCUCCGGUAUCCAGGUAUCAGAAGGUGACGGCUAUCCACACCUCAUGUGCGUACAGUGUGUACUCCAGUGCAGUAGAGCUUACACCUUCAAACAACUUAUCGAAAAGUCUGAUAAGAUCCUGAAGCAGUUCUUGAGUCCGGAAUUUCAGGCGAGGCUGCAAGAACAUGUAAACAAUGAGCAAAGCAAGCGGCAACAAGCUAAGAAAGAACUAGCGGAACACGUGAGAUUUAGGUCACCAUCUCCUAACGGAGAUGAUGAUGCUUCGAUAGAUGAUCCCGGAAUUCCUUGCAAGGAAGUGGCUUAUGAGACUGUCGUGAAAAGUGAGGAGCAUGUUAUCCAUAAAACUGAGAUCGGAGAUGAAUUUUACACCAUCGUGGAAAAAAUCGAAGACGUUGAAGUGAUCGAUCAAUCAGAUAAUGACAAUUCGGAACAACUGGCGAUAGCACCAACGGAGGACGACUUACCGAAUUAUAAUAUCGACAUUGCCACCCUGGAUGACAUAAUUAAAGACAACCCUAAACAGGAACCGAAAAAGUCACUUAAUAAAAAGGGAGGUAAGAUGUUCAAGUGUCCCAGGUGCGACGCCCAGUUCCCACUUAAAGUGGAUUUAAAGAUUCAUAUAAUGACCCAUCCUUUAGAACUGAACUAUACGUGCAAAGUGUGCAAUAAAUCGUUCGCGGAGGCGCGCAUUUUAAAACGGCAUCGGAAAAUCCAUUUGGAUCAGAAACCGCACCGGUGCGACCAGUGCGACAUGACGUUUGCGGAAAGUUCGAAUUUGAGUAAACACAAGAAGAAACACACGGGAGAACUGAGAAAUAUGAAGGGAAAACCACAUCUUUGUUCGGUAUGCGGUAGAGCAUUCAAAUGGUCUUCGAGUCUACACAAACACAUGAAAUACCACACUGGACUGAAGCUGUUGAGUUGUAGUUUUUGUCCGAAACAGUACGUGGAGAGUAGAAGUUUGCAAAUUCACAUACGGUCACAUACAGGGGAACGUCCGUAUUCUUGUCACAUUUGCAGUAAAACGUUCACGCAACAGUGCAAUUUGGCCAAACAUAUUAGGGUGCACACCAAAGAGAAGCCUUACCAUUGUCCCGUCUGUAAUAAAGGGUUCAGCCAGUCAGGUUACAUUUCUGUACAUAUGCGUACGCAUACAGGGGACCGUCCUUACGUCUGUUUGGUGUGUGGAAAGUCGUUUUCCGGUUCAAGUACCUUGGCACUGCACUCGAGAACUCAUACGGGGGAGAGGCCUUAUAAGUGCGAGUGCGGCAAGUCCUUUACUAGACAGGAAAGUCUCACGAUACAUAUAAGGACUCAUACUGGAGACAGACCGUACUUAUGCAAAAUUUGCGAUAUGGGAUUUGCCUCCUCCGGACAAUUGUCGGCCCACCUAAAAGUCCAUACGGGGGAGAAACCUUACGCCUGCGAAAUAUGCGGCAAAAAGUUCGGUUUUAGUAACAGCCUAAAAGUUCACAUAAGGAGCCACAUAGUGAACGACCCCUCUAAAAACGAAGAAGAGGUGCAAACGGUGCAGUAUACGUGCAAAUUGUGCAAUAAAAAUUUCGAGGACGACAGCGCGUUUAAUUCGCAUAUUUUAGACGUGCACGCCAUUCAAGGUGCCACCAUUGAGUUAAAAGACGAAGAUUUGGAACAUAUUGAGACCAUGCAGGUGACGGAGAUUAUAACUUCCGACAACCAAACAAUCCAAGUGCAGGCGUUAAAUCAAAUUUAAGAGGUUCCUUAGGAAACAUCUAUUGUGUUGUAUAAUUUAUUCUCAAUAAAAGGAGCAAGUUAUUCUCCUCAGAAAA